AUGCCUGAGUUCUCCAUUCCUGCUCGCGCAGAAACCACGCCAACAAGUCUCUGGGUCACUAUAACAGGCGCCGCAUUUACUUCCACGAUCCUGCUCGGACCAAGUCCCACCCCCACUCCACCACCCGCUGCGAGCUCCUCACCGAGUAGAGGGACAGUCAUCGGCGCAAUCGUUGGCUCGAUAUUUGGGUUCUUGCUUCUCUUAUUCUUGAUCUGGGCUUUCGUUCGAACAAGUCGAUCUAACUGGGUCCCGCAUGACAGAGGGUCGAUUGAUGAGGUGUAUGUUGCAAAUCCGAACGUUGCGCCAGCCAUCGAGAAAGAGGGAGCGCCUGCCUGUCGUGUAUUCGGAAUCUUCGGAGAGCUCGAAAAGCUCAGAUCACUCGUGAACGACCGGCCAACUGAAUUGGCAGUAACCACCUUUCUUGUUAAUACAAGUCUUGUUCAAAUGUCCAAGACGUACUUCCUCGUCCCAACUCGGGACACAGUUCCCAGUGGUUCAAUCUUCCUUGGGAGCAUCAUCAAAUCCCCUUACUCCCCAGAACUUUCGAUUAAUGGAAAGAAUUCACAUCUUCUUUCAGCCCUCGAAGUCAUUGAAACUCGUCUGGUUGAUACAUCUCAACAGCUAUCUAAAAGCGGCAAAGGGAAGACAGGAGUCUGGGCAGAGUUUCUGGGUGGCAUGGGGAUUGGUGCAGAUAUCAGUGGGACAUGGGACAACACAGAGGAGUCAACAUAUAAGUUCUCCGAGCUAAUUACCAAAACCAUUUCCCCAUCACUCUCCGAGAUCCAAGCUAUCUUCAAGGAACCAGAAGUCCAGCAAUGCUUGAAAGACAGUCGCUUCCGGAAUAACCUGUAUAUGAUUAUCGGCAUCAAGAUAGCAAGAGGAGCCGACGUUGCGAUCUCCAGAAUUCGCGCCAGAGGCGGGAAUUUGAAUUUUGGGAUUGACAUGACACCGUUUGGUGUUCCAAUUAAAGUUGGGCCAGAGUUUGAACUUUCGAGGGAGGUAGGACACUCGGUUGAAGAGAAGCAUACAAACGAUUUCGUGUUUGCAUACCGGUUGAGGGAGAUUAGGUACCGAAGAAAGACUGUUGAGGAUCAGAGGGAGUAUCGAAAGGGAGACUUGAUGGGAGCUGGUCAGAGGAACAAGAACGGGACAGACGGCGAUGAAUCGACGGCUGGUGUAGGUGCUGAAGUGGGCUUGGAAGAUAUGAAGGUGGAUCAAGAGGAAGAAGCUGAAUUGAUUGGUCUAGGAAAUGGCGAUGUCGAUGGAGACGGAUGGGCUGCUGACACAACAUCGGCUGUCGAUGAAGAUGGAGAAGAGGUGCAAUUUGUGUUACUUGAAGAUGAUGAUGAUUGA